AUGGCGGUGAGUGGGCGUGUAAGGUUACUCCUGACGUUCCCCUACAUAUGCUUCCCCCUUGAAUCUGCAGUGAACGAUGAUCUCAACCUGGAGUUUGGGAAGAAGAAGAAGAAGAAGACGGUGAAGAUCAAGGAGGAGCUGGUAGAUGAGGCCGAGGCACUGGAGGAGGAUGACCUGGACCUCAGCAUGGAGCUGGGCAAGAAGAAGAAGAAGAAGAAGGCCAAGGCCAAGGAUGAGGACUUUGGGCUGGAGGCCGCGGAGGGCCCGGAGAGUGUGGAGGGCAGCCAGGCCAAGGCAGGGCUCCCCUGGGAUGGGUCGGACCGCGACUACACAUACGAAGAGCUGCUGGACCGCGUGUUUGGCAUCCUGAAGGAGAACAACCCGGAGCUGACAGGCGAGCGGCGCAGGACCACGCUGAAGCCGCCCCAGGUGGCGCGUGAGGGGACCAAGAAGACGGUGUUCACCAACUUCAUGGAGCUGUGCAAGUCCAUGAACAGGAACCACGAGCACGUCCAGGCCUUCCUCCUGGCGGAGCUGGGCACAUCUGGCUCCCUGGAUGGGCAGCAGCGACUGAUUGUGAAGGGGCGCUUCCUGCCCAAGGCCUUCGAGGGUGUGCUCCGGCGAUACAUCAACGAGUACGUGCUGUGCAACUCCUGCAAGUCGCCCGACACGUUGCUGGAUCGCGAUGCAUCCACCCGCAUCAUGUUCAUGCGCUGCCAGCAGUGCGGGGCCUCCCGGACGGUGUCUGCCAUCAAGGCGGGUUUCCAGGCCCGCACCGUGUCCCGAAAGUCCCAGCUCAGGGGCUGA